GCGAGUGAUCGAGCAAGCGCAGGAGGGAGAUAGAAAAGGGAGAGCACAGGAGAGCAAGAAAAAGAAGCUAGAGCCGAGAGAAAGAGAGAGUCGCAGGAGGAAGAGGGAGAAUGCACGGUGUCUGGGUAACACUUCCACGCUUGUAUCCAGGGCCUUUGUGAAUACACCAUGGGAUGCAUCGGCUCCAGGACACUGACGGGAGAUAGCGUGCCAGUCCAGAAGGAUGGGGAGCAGCUGUCUAUGGAAGACACCACGUCAAUCCUGCCUCGGCACAAGAGGAACUCAAAUGCCUAUGGCAUCGGGGCUCUGGCUAAUGCUUCUCUGUCAGGUGUGUCAGGUGUGAGCCGCACUAUGAAGGAGAGAGUGACCAAGCCCACAGGCAUGGCCCAGGGUCGUGUCGCUCACAUGAUUGAAUGGCAGAACUGGGGCAUGACGACGGUGGGUGCAGGGGGCGUCCCCAUGCCCCGCAUCAGCACCGAGGAGCGCGAAAAGGAGCGGCGGCUGGAGAGCGACGCCUACAGCGACCUCAGUGAAGGAGAGAAGGAGGCUCGCUUCACUGCAGGUAUCCUGCAGCAGUUUGCCAUCUCGGAGGCGACGCUCAUGGCCUGGACAUCGAUGGAUGGAGAGAGCACGCGGUCGGGCUCCAACCAGGGCAGCGUGGCUCAUCUGAGUGAAGUCAACCAGGAGAGCAUCUCCAGUCGAGAUCAGAUAUUGCACCACUCCUCAGCAGAGGUGUGGCCUCACACAUACGUCGCCCAGGGCCACUACUGCCUCUCCUCCUCUGACGCCUGGGAGCCGAUCAACAACGACUCCUCCGGCGUGGUGUCUUCUCCUGCCGGCUCCUACGUUGUGGGGAACGAUGGGUACGACGGGCAGGCGGCGGCUCGCUUCCUGUCGCAGCAGCAGCAGCAGCAGUUAACUCUCCAGCAGCAGAAUCAACUUCAACAGCUGCAGCAGAUCCAACAGAUCCAGCACUACCAGCAACAGCAGCUCCUGCAGUACCAGCAACAACAGUCGCUGGAGCACAGGCUGCACAGUGCCAACCACUCUUUGCAAGUGACGCCCAACAGCACCAUCCACAGUCUGGUGCACCCGGCUCGCCCACCGCUGGUGGAUCUGUGGAACACGGGGCCGAUGGAGACCUAUCCCAUGGACGCCGGAGGCUACAUGGGUGUGGCGGCGGUGGUGGAGCCGAGCCUCUGCGUUCCCUCUGCAGAGGAUAUGGGAACAGAGCACUCCCCACUACUGGAGCAGCAGGAGGAGGAGGAGAUCACGGAGGACGAGAUGGCGCUGUGCAUGGAGCCGGAGUUUGCCUCGUUGACUCCGCCCAGGCAUCAAGGGGAUGCCUCCGGUGGCAGUAGUCCGGGGCAACCGCCGGCAGAGCCAAUCACAGAGCGGAAGUCCUCGGAUGUCACCUCCAGCCUCGUUCAGACGCUGGAGAAGGAGGAGGAGGAGGGGCACGGCCCGGCCGCUUCCCUGGCAACCAACUGAGCACCUGGCCAUGAAAAGACUCCUUAUUACAAACUGACCGGGGAGUCGGUGAGGGAUGAGUAAUAAUACAAUAUAUAUAUAUUAAUCGGUUCCUUUUCAGGUAUCAAACACACAACUCUUUUGGUUGCGAGAUGAAUUCUUCAAAAACGGGUGAGAAACAGAUUUCGGAGGUGGACUCACAAUGAGACAAGAGCUGACGCAACAAAGGACACCUAUUUCUUCGUAAGCCUUACAUCCCAAAGGUCAUUGAGCAGGAGCGGAACUGAAGGAGGAGGAAGAGGAGCGACUGAGCGAGACAUUUCCACCAGGAAAAUGAAACCAUGUUGAGAGGAAGAGGAGGGGAAAUAAAACGUGCAUGCUUUUUAUGAAGACAAGCAACUCGACCCUGUCAUCGUCUGAUAAUAACAAUGAAAAUCUAUCAUAAUAGGACAUUAUAAUAAGAAUAAUUUUGUAAUAAAGCAAAACAAAAAGGAAGAACUAAUCUAUGUAUAAGUGUAUGAUAAGAUAUAACCGUUUUCCUCUGGGAGAACUACUCUGUUUACAGCUGUUACUCGACAUAUUAGUGUUUAAUCCAAUUCAUUUCUCUGUUGCAUCGAACACGCGCAGUAUACUUUAUAAAAGGCGAUCCAAACAGUGUCACGUGUUAGUAAAAGUAGGCUCAGAACAUGUCAGCGUUUCAGUGAAAUGCAGAUUAACCCUCUUAAAAUACAUUUAGUGGCACCAAGAUGCCCGAGGCACAACCAGGGACCCGUCCUGCUGACUGCACACACGAACCUGCACAGAUAAGGAUUGUACUGUAAGAUAGAGUGCUUCCUGCUGUCUCUCUGUAUGCAUGUUCCUUCAGAGCACUAUGGAGUACCUGUACUAUACGCCACUGUAUAGA